CUUUCGAUUGCAGAUUCCGUAGUGGGUGUUCCAUUUUAUCUCUUUUAAAAAGUCCUCUUUUUUAAAUCAAUUCUGCUGAACUUGGCCAAUUCUGAAACUUUGUUCUCCUCUUGGUCUCGGUUCUUAAGAUUUGAAUCUGUAGUCAGAUUCCUUUGCUUACUUUGAUACAAAAGAUUCGGGCUUUGAUGCUAAUUUGGUAUUUUAUAGACACCUUCGAUCGCCUGUCUGUACAUAUCUGAAUUGGGUUUCUUGGUUGGAUAGGAUAAGUGGUUAGGGAAUGAGAAAAUUGUAUAGGAAGCUGGUUUCAUUCAGAGACCCUUUUGCUAGGGUGAAGAGACAUGUUAGUUCACACUCAGGGAUUAGAGCUUUCAGCGACAGAAAAUGGAUGUUCCCUUUUCUAGCAAGCUUGAUCAUGUCGAUUACUCUCCUGAUUUUGUUAAUUUCUGGCCAAUUCGACGGCUUCUAUGGGGAAGAAGAUCAAUUACCAUUAGAUGUUGUUUCAGAGUCUAAUGAGUACUUUGUAGAAUCAGAUUUCAAACAAUCUUUGAAUUCGACGGCUGAUGUUAAUUUAGGGCCUCCUAGGCUAGCUUAUUUGAUAUCGGGAACAAAAGGGGAUAGUCAUAGAAUGAUGAGGACUUUACAAGCUGUGUACCAUCCUAGAAACCAAUAUGUUCUGCAUUUGGAUCUUGAGGCUCCACCUCGUGAACGGAUGGAGCUGGCCAUGUCCGUGAAGAGUGAUCCGACUUUCCGUGAAAUGGAGAAUGUUCGUGUGAUGUCUCAGUCUAAUCUUGUUACUUAUAAAGGCCCUACAAUGAUUGCUUGUACUCUUCAAGCCGUUGCAAUUUUGCUGAGGGAAAGCUUAUAUUGGGAUUGGUUUCUUAACCUUAGCGCCUCGGAUUAUCCUCUAGUAACACAAGAUGAUUUGUUGUAUGUCUUCUCAAAUCUGUCUCGGAAUGUCAAUUUCAUCGAGAAUAUGCAGCUCACCGGAUGGAAACUUAAUCAGAGGGCUAAAUCAAUCAUUGUUGAUCCUGCCCUAUACCUAUCGAAGAAAUCCGAUAUUGCUUGGACUACUCAACGACGAUCACUUCCAAAUUCUUUCAAGCUAUUCACCGGCUCAGCUUGGAUAAUGUUGACUCGGUCUUUCCUCGAGUACUGCAUUUGGGGAUGGGAUAAUUUCCCAAGAACAAUACUAAUGUACUACACGAAUUUCGUGUCCUCUCCUGAAGGAUACUUCCAUACAGUAAUCUGCAACAGCAAAGAGUUUAUCAACACCGCGAUUGGGCAUGAUCUACACUACAUUGCGUGGGACAGUCCUCCAAAGCAACACCCUAGAUCUCUCUCGUUGAAGGAUUUCGACAAUAUGGUCAAAAGCAAAGCUCCAUUUGCUCGUAAGUUCCACAAGAACGAUCCUGCGUUAGACAAGAUCGAUAAAGAGCUAUUGGGACGGACACACCGGUUUGCACCAGGAGGAUGGUGUAUUGGGAGUUCAGCUAAUGGCAAUGAUCCGUGCUCCGUGAAAGGCGACGACUCGGUGUUGAAACCAGGACCUGGUUCUGCAAGGUUGCAGGAGCUUGUUCAAACACUUUCCUCUGAUGAAUUUAGGAGAAAACAGUGUUCUUGAAGUUAUCUAAUGAUGACGCAAAAUAUAACAUUGUAUAUUGUUUUGUUUGAUUAUAAAUUUUGGUUAUAGAAAUUUCUUCGAAACACA